AUGGCGCGUGAACAAGGAGUUCCACAAGCUAAAACAAAACUGGCCGAGUGCUCACUAAUCGUCCAAACAUCAACCGGCUUUUCGGACCUUUCUGACGUCCUCCCUUUUGCCUUUCUGGCAUCUUGGGAUAACUAUCGGGAAUAUAACCAUCCUUACACCAAAUUGUUUGAGCCUUCAAUCCCUUUGAACUCCGAAAUUGCCGUGUCCUCCCAAUUCGAAUUAUCCCAUCUCAACCUCAACUUUUGCUUGUUAUGA